AUGUUACCGUUUGGUUUAGCUUUCUUUGCCCUUGCUAUCACGAGCGUUAACGCCGGUGACCCAAAAUACCUACGAUCAACCUCUUCUGACGAUAGCACCAAAGACGACUCAAAUUCCUCGCUCAGCACUAAAAUCGAUGAAAACGUUUUAGACGAUCACGAUCUCACCGUUGAUGUCGCCGAUUACGUGCAUGACAAUGAAAAUCUCGAUGGCAGUCAAUACGAGGUCGAUAUCAUGUCUUUGAUUGGCAGUGGGAGCAACCAGGUGGACUUGGUUGAUCUCAUUGCGGCUUUGAAAGAGACCAACGCCCUAGACACCAGCGCCUCUUUCGAUGACGAUCUGUCAUGGCUAAUUGACAGCCACUUAAAGAGCGAGAUUAACGAAACACCCGUGAAAAAAGGCAUUGUAGAUGAAUAUCCCUCUUGGCUUGGUGGGGAUGAUAGUGAAAGUGCACCCAAGAAAAUAGGUUUGAAGGACUAUUGGCUUCAUGAUAGCGACUCCGAGUCUGGGAGCGACGACUCUCUCACUGUCAAUGACACUUAUUAUAAUCCGGACUUCAAAACCCUACAAGCUCUCGACGAUGUGCUCAGCUAUUCCGAAAACGAUGAUGGUUCAACAUCUGAAGACAACGACAAUGAAAAAGAUGGCCAGACGACCUAUGUGAAGGAUGGUAGUGAACAUUUACCGGAGGCUAAGAAAUCGGUUCCGGCACCGACUACCAUCGACUCGACUUUGGAGGAAUACUGGGGAUCCAUGGCUGACAGCGAGUCUGAUGUUGAUGGCAUUUCGCUGGGAAAAAGCGCUAUAUCCAAGGAAAUGCCGCUCGGGUUAAGUCUCGAGUAUGACAGCGAUUCUACUUCGACUGAGGGCGACGAAAUGCAGCUUGAUUCAUCUCGUGAUGAGGAUAAAAACGUUAAGUAUGAGGAACAAACGAUGCCACCGUUUUAG